AUGUUCUGGACUCAAGCAGAAUCUGGUAAUGACGAAGGCCUCGUUCCUCUGCACGUACAGCUCGAUACUGGCGCUGAAUGUACAUGUAUCGGGCUGGAACCACUAAAGAAGAUAAAGCACCUGUUCAGAUGGGAGAGCAGGAACAUAAGAUGCGCCGCCGGGAAAAGACUCGGCGUAUUCGACAAUUUCAACAGAAACAAGGUGGCCAGCUUCGCGAUCGUGAUAAACAACAAACGAGUUUGGAUCGAAGGAGCUGUAGUCAUCGAAAAUCUACAAGGUCUGCUGAUGGGCCUCCCACAUCUGAAGGGGAAAACCAUCGUCAAUCUUGUGGAGAAGUCGGUCACGUUUAACGAUGCUGGCAAAGUCUUCUACGGUACCGAGGAGGUGUGGAAGAUUGGAGAAGCAGAUGAAUUGGACAAGACCAAAUUCGAACCAGAUUCGAGGAAGAUCUACAAGGCGAAGAUCGAAAAGAUGCGCCAAAAAGCCGAGAAUUCUACCACGGUUGAUGAUAUAACAAUGGGAGAUGUAGGCGAAGCUUCAGCGAAGAGAUUGUGGUCAGUCUUCAAGAGCGAUGAGUACGCAGUCGUGUUCAAGAAAAGGAUCGGAUGCCUCAACAAAAACUUCAACAUAAACGCUGAAAUGAACGUUGAAAUCAAGGAGGAGAACAUCGGUCCAAGAAGAAAGCACGAAAAGCAGUCCGAAGAGAAAAAGGACGUGAUCUGUGACCAUCUCGACGAGCUGUACAGGGACAAGAUACUGGUGUUCCCCGACGAAUACGGCAUAAGACCACGUAACAUCAUACCGCUGAUGGUUGUGUCCAAGAAAGACGAUGAUGGGAACGCAAUUCCACUGGCACAGAGCGCCAGAAUCGUCACACAAGCGCACAACACGGUCAACAAAUGGAGCAAAACACCGCCGAUGGUAACGGACGAUCUCCAUGACAUUCUUCAGAAAGCGGCGAAGGCGUCAAAGUUCAAGUAUUCGAUGAAGUGCGACGUCAGCAACGCGUUUUUCCAACUACCGAUGAACCAAGACCUGUGGAAAUGGUUCGGCGUAUAUCACCCGCGCCAAGGCGUAAUGGUGUAUACAAGAUGCACGCAAGGAUGGAUCGCCUCGAUGGGAUUCAUGCGCGAAGCAUUCUUGAGGAUUUUCAGCCCGAUCGAGAAAUGGUGCUUGAGGUAUGCAGACGAUAUUCAUCUAGUUGCAGAAACGGAAGAUGAGUUCGUGAGGGUGAUCUCAAGAUUUCUCGACAUAUGCAAAUACUACGGGCUCACGCUGAAAGGAAGCAAGAUCUUCGUUUGUCCUGAACGCAUGAAUUUCUUGGGAAGCGUGAUAAAAGACGGCAAGAUCUACCCAAGCCCUCAUCAAGCAGACAAAAUCCGCCAGUAUUCGAGAGAGAAGAUCACCACCGUCAGCGAGUUGAGAAGUUUCUUGGGCGUACUCGUUCCACUGUCGAAGUUCCAGAACAGACCAACGGAGUACCUGGUGCCACUAAGAAAGCUGCUUGACGGCGACGGCAAAGUCAAGAUCAACUGGACGGAAGAAAGUGAAGAAGCACUUGAACUAGCCAAGAAAUCAAUGGACAAGUUGAUGGAACUAACUCCAUUCGACGCGAAGAAAAAGGCGUACAUCGUGGUAGACUCAUCAGCAGACGGAUGCGGCGCGAUACUGUUCCAGAAGGACGAGAACGGCAAGAACGUAGUCUGCGAGUUCUACUCGAGAAAACGCCCAGACGCAGAACGAAAGUUCAAGGCGAGCAGCUGCAUGCUUGAAACGGCAGGGAUGAUAGGCGCGUUAACCUACUGGAGAAGGUAUAUCAUCGAGUCGAAAUGGCCUACAGUAGUGUACACGGACUCGAGACCAUUAUACUGUAUCGCGAAGAGGUGGGCCGAGAAUAGAUGUCCAUCCGACAUCGUGACCAUAAACAACCUGUUUCGCAGCAUCAUCGGACUUCAAGUAACAGUUGUUCACCUUCCAGGAAAGUCCAUCGAAAUAUCUGGGUGCGACUUCAUAUCGAGAAGCAAGAGUCACAUGCAAGACUGCAACGACGAUUGCCAGAUCUGCAAAAUCGCAAGAACACCCAGCUCUAACGAAGUACCAUUCGUGUCAGAAAAGCAGCUAGAAGAAAUCGACACACAGGUCAGCAAGUUGAAGAACUACCAAGCGGUCAGAAGAAUCCAAGUUCACCAAUUCGACGAAAGCAUGAAAGAUGUAGCAUGGAACAUGACAGAUUCUUGGGUAGAUGAAGUUGACUACGAGAAGGAAGCCUUCGAGAAAGUCUGCUACGUAACGUCGAAGCGGAAGCCGAGAUCGCUGGAGGAAUUCUUGAAGGACGGCGGAGCAAUCAGGAAAAUCCAAGAAACGGAUCCAGUCCUGAAGCAAGCGUUGAGACACAUCGAGAAGAAGCUCAAUCCUCCUCCGAAAAAGAUGAAACUGGCGACGUUAUGCAGAAAAGCCAGGAUCGUCAACAACCAUCUGCGGAUGAAAAAGUGGAUCGGAACGGAAGAAUACGACUUGGUGAUAAUACCAGAGCCUCACGCUGUAAAGAUGUGUAGAAUGGUUCACAACGCCACGACUUGCCAAUCUCCAACACAGCUAGCCGAUAAAACAAGGAAGAUCUUCGAGAUAUCCAACAUAAAGACGCACGCGCUGAGGUUCACAACAUCUUGUUACAAGUGCAGCCUGAUGAAGAAACCAGACAAUCUGGUUGCACAGCCUCUGAAGGCAGUUCCAGUGCCUAAAAGGAUCGGAGAGCUGAUACUGGUGGACGAAAUCAACAGGACGGACAGGAACAACCAGCCCUUCAAGUUGUAUUUCGCAACCGAGGGUAUCACACGCUUCGGCGUAGCACUGGCCGACAGAAGCAGCGUGAACACAGGAAACUUCGUCGAUUUCAUGACCCUAGUGAAGCAACUUCUAGCGCCACUACAGAGCAAGUCCACGAGAAUCAUCAUUAGAUGUGACAAACAUGCAGCUCAUCGAAGCGCAGAAACGAAGUCGAGACUGGCGAAGCUGAACAUGGAAGUCGAGCUGUACGAGAGUACGCACAUGAGCAAAAACAUCAUUCCAGAACAAGACGGAAGAAUAGCAGUCUUGAGCAAGUUGUUGAACGCUCAGCUGAACGACAGAUCAUUGGAACUUCCACAAGCUGUACAGAACGCCAUCGCUUCGUACAACCACACGCUGGGGCACGGCAAGCUUGCCCCGGUCGAACUAUUCACGGGUAGAAAGAUCGGCACGCAGGAUAACAUCAGGAUGAGCGUAGACGACCUCGUCUCUCAGAUCGAGAAAGAGAGAGAAGGGCGAAGAACUUCAGCUGAUUCAAGGAACGCGGCGAAGAAGUUGAAAAACAAGCCCUUGAAGAUCGUUGACGACAAGAAGCUGGCGGAGAAAGACGAACAAGUUCUAAAAAUAGGUGAUAUCAUCAGGCUAAGCACGAGAUGGGACAAGCAAGACUACGACAGAUUAUGGAAAGUAGUCGAGAUAAACUGGAAGAGUCGCACGUGCCUCGCUAGAAAGUUCAACGCCAAGAACGACGUCAAACCCCGAGAAAUAUCCUUCGACAUCAUUGACACAAUCGUGUCAGACACGGUCCGCAAAGUCAGCGAUAACUUACUGUCGAAUCCGAUGGCUAGAUUGUGGCUGAUGCAACCUGAAGACGUGUCAGUAUGGGAAGAAGCCGACGAGAACCAUCUGGGACCAAGAGCUCAUCGAAUCGACCUUCUCGAUGACUCAGCAAUCUCCCUCGGGCCGAAAUCGACAUUACCACCGACGCCAGCACCAGAAAUUGAAGUUUCACCGAAGCAAUCAACUCCGUCGAAGACGCUGAAAUCCUCAUUCGGGCUUUGGUGUUCGAACAACAUCGUGAGCCGGUUACUAACAACAGGAGACACGGGAGUGUGGACAGCUUCACCAGAAACAGAUCUAAACGAGACAGACGAAACUGUACAAAACAACGAGUCGAGCGAGGAUUGCUCGUUCCACUCUGUAGCAUCUUCUUCUGCGUUAAAUGAGUCGGAUCUUGAUAAACUAAAGAUCCGCACAAGCUCAAGGACAAGAAGAGAACCAGAUCGCUACAGAAGUGAAGAUUACAUGUAA